UAGGGACAGGAUGGGAAGCAUAGAUCUGUAUGGUCACCAGCCACCCAUUCAGUUAGCAACCCUAGGAAGAGCACUAUUUCACAAAUGCAGGCAGGGGAUUGCAGAGGAAGAAACAAGUUAUUAAAAGCACCCGUUUGUGCUUGGUGAGGGAGGAGGAAGUGAGUAGACUCAGCUAUUUCCCCAAAGGGGAGGAGGAAAGUUGGAGUUUCCAGGUGUGUAACAUCUCUGCUAUAUAAAUGGAGACAGGUGCAAAGCUACCUUCAGAGCACCUGUCUUUGCUACUGGUUGAAAUCCUUCCCCCAAGGGUCGCUGUGAUCAGCCCACAACUCCAGGGCAAGAGGCAGACUCUGGAUAAGCCUGCCAGCAUCUUCUACGCCAGCACCUGCUCUCUGCCUCCUUCCUCCGUGGAUUCAGCCGAGAUGUGGUCCUCCGUCUUUGCCCUCCUCGCCCUCUUUGCCUGGACAGAUGCCAGGCACCGCCGCCACCACCAGCAGCAGAACUGCUUCAGCCCACAGGACCUGCAAGGCGGCGGAGUGCCCACGAAAUUCCUGAGCAAGACCGCGCGGUGGGAGCGCCACACCCCAGUGCAGCUGGUGCCUUAUGUGAAGGGUGAGCAGGCUGGCAGGCAGAGGCACCGUCGGCACAAUGAGGACAGAUGCCCCAACCUGCAGAACUCUGACACUCUGCGCGGCGACAUUAACGAACGCGCCAUCUCGCCAUGGACCUACAGGCUCGAUGAGGAUGAGAACCGUUAUCCGGCCCAGCUGGCUUUUGCGGAGUGUCUCUGCAAAGGAUGCAUCGACGUCAAGACCGGAAGAGAGACGAAGUCGCUCAACUCGGUGUCCGUGUUCCAGGACAUGAUGGUCUUGCAGCGCACGCCCUGUCACCACAGCGCUGGUGACGACGGCUUCACCUUCGAGGUGAAGCACAUCAAGGUGCCCGUGGCCUGCGCCUGUGUCCUGCCCCCGUCCAGCCGCUAAGCAGGGCGCCGUCUCUGCCAGCAAAGCUCCUAUGGAGCAGUCUUGCUGGCAGUGUGUCCAAACCCCAAGCCUGUGAACGCAGCCUCGUGCACACCCCCCGGUAUUGUGUUUGUUCUAAAGCACUUGUCCGUUUCAACAGUAGACCCCUAGGAAAGACAAAGCAGACACCGCCCAGUUGAUAUUGCCCCCCCCCCACACACACACACCCAGCACCCCAGGCCAUCGGCAGAAGGGCCUGGUUUCUGGACACCAAUGUGGCCAAGAGCAGAUCUGCUUCCUUGAAAACACCACCAUGGUGAAUGCUCUUCUCCAGAAAACCUCCUUCCGGGGGGGGGGGAAAUGGAGGCUGGAAAUCGAAACCAUGGUCAAAAGGAUGUUUGCUUUGCAAAUCUGAGUGGUUCAACUAUCAUGGCUUCUCCGCAGAUGACAAAGGGCCUCUUCACAGACUCUGCAAAACAAGGAGACCUUGCGAGGAAGCCAUGACAGCUGAAGCGGGUUUACCUACGUAGCCGCAGAGACAUCCCAAGGGAUUGUGCCUUAGGAGAAGGGCGCAAUUGGGCCUCCUUGGCCCUAAGUCAGCCGGGGGCACCUCCCUCCCCUUAACUCUGCCCGCCUCAUUUGGUGGCCUUUUAAGAGCCACAUUUCCAGAGGGUGCUAAAACGAACACAACUCAAGUUGGGAACUUUCCGUUCCACCGGGUUGACCUGAGCCACAAUGGGGCAGACUGAUGUGUUCUUCCCAGAAACCUGUUUUUAACCUAUUUAUUUUAUUUAUAUUAUAUUUAUACCCAUCCAUGAGAUUUUAAAGUGCUUUAAAUUAUUAUUCCUCUUCCAGCAGUGCAGUUCUCGGGACCAUGCUCUGCCAGGACUCCGCCUGUCUGCCACCCCCACCCCCACCUCUCUAUCAUGGGAUGCCACCUCAGGAGCUCCAGCUGCCCAAGGCUGUGGUGAGAAUCCCACAGCUUGGUUGCGCACCAGCGUGCAGCUGAUGCCCAGCCAACCUUGUGGCACAGUGCAAUUGUCCAGCUCAGGGGCACGUUGGCGUGCAGCCAAUACCGAACUGACCUGCCAAUUGUACCUCGGCAGACCGUCUCCUGGCAGAAGCCGGUAACUUAGCAGGCAGCAGACCUGCCGUUCAGUCCUGUCUGAAACUCUCUGCUGCCAACAUGCUGAGCACUGCACUAAGGGGCCUGGUGCCAGCAUGAAGGCAGACCUGGUGCUCUUGUGCCAGGAGAGGACGACUCCUCUUCCCCCCCCCGCUCCUCCUCCAGAGCAAGGGUGCCGCUGUGAAAGGGUGCCUGCCCUGCCCCACCCAGCUCACUCAUGCAGCCGCCUUCCAGGUUUGUGAGGAGCCUCCUUCUCCCCUCCUGGGAGGGGUUGGGGUCGGGAAGAUGCUGAAGGCUGCUCUGCUUCCUUGCCAGGAACAUCAGAGCGGCAACCAUCAUCAGGACUAGACCCUUGGGUGUUGCUGGCAACGUUGCUUGUUUUUAAUUAUUUAUUCGUAUUUAUCGCUCAAGUUCUAGACCGCCUUUCACAAACCUCAUCCCAAGGCAGUUUACAAAAACUAAGCUACAAUGAAAAUGGCAUUAAAACGUUCAAAUUGGCUAAGACAAUAAGAACCACAAGAACACCAAAAGGCAGUAGCCAUAAAAAGACCAGCAGGAGAGCUGAGAAAUCUGGCUUCCCACACCUUGUUGGAUGUGUUGACCUAUACAAUUGUAUUGUCUGUGCUUGGGCUGGGGGGUAAGCAAAGUAUUGUAUCAACAGAAGCCAAAUUUUACAAGUGUAAUGUUUAAAAUUAUUUAACUUUUGCUUAGCCAAGGGGUGGAGAAAGGAGUUGUGCCCCAGAGAAGCAACUCUUAAGUCCAGCUCUCUGUCUUCAGAGAACUUGGCAGUGUUGCCUAUCCACUUCCACCUUGGUCUCUGUAUCCAUGAGGACUAGAGCCUUGCUUCCAACUUUACAUGGAGGUAAAGAUUCUCUGGCUGGUAUGCUCCAUGCAUGCUGGAUACCAGAUUUCACGGGUUAGUAGAACAGAAGUGUGGACAUGCAGCCAGCCUGUCUGUAGCUUUCACUGCUGUUUGCUGCCUCCCGCAAUGGUUUAACUCUCUAUUUAUUUAUUUGAUGUUCCCCUGAAUUUUUAAAUUAUGUAUGUUGUGCCUAAACUCCUAAGGAUGGUGUUUAAAUUAUUAUUUAUGUAAAAGUAUUUAUUCAACAAAAUGCUUGUUGGGGAUGUCUCCUAGAUUGGAUUUACAUGCAUUUUUAACUGAUGUGAAAUUCUUUCGUAAACCAAUAAAAGCGUUGUUUGUCUAUGGAAA